AUGCUCGAAGCGCACUUGACAGGCUGCUGUGCCUGUCAACUGGGAAUAACCACUUGGUCAGUCCCUCACGAAUCAUUAUUCCCCGAAGUGCCUGCCCAUCCGUCCUGUAUACUACCGCAUGUGACCAUCGGCAGUGAAGCAGAUGCUCUAAACCCCGCUUUGUACGGAUCUCACGGAUUCACGCACGUGUUGAAUGUAUCUGUUGACUGUCCGGCCCCAGCGCAUGUCCCUUCGGACAAGUUCAUGCGCAUUCCGAUUCUAGACAACCACACUGCGUCACUGCUUCCCUAUUUGGACGAGGCGUUCAAGUUUAUUGAUAAUGCCAAAACAAAUCAAGGACACGUUUUGGUUCACUGUGCAGCUGGUAUAUCCAGGUCUCCAGCCGUGGUUAUUGCUUACCUGAUGCAUUCGAGCCAUAUGCAGAUGCGUGAUGCGUAUGAGUUUGUCAGAUCCAAGCGAUCAAGUAUUGCUCCAAAUUUCAAUUUUCUCGGUCAAUUACUGGAGCUCAAUGGUCGACUGUUUCCAUCAGCAUCACCUGGUCAUUCAGUCACUGGAUCUGGUGAAUCCACUCCGACUCAACAACCUUCAUUGUCGGAACCGCGUCACAUUAUUCCAUCCCGCUCAAGUGGCAAACCACCUGUUAGAAUCCCAUCUCCAAUCCCAUCUGCUAGCCCUAAACAUACCGCUACGAAGAAACGAGAACGACCAAAUCAUUUGAGUUUAGAUGUGCAUGCAACCAGUGCUAGUGAGUUUGUACGUCCUGCUGGUGGUACAUACUCUUACCAAUCUUCACCAAUGAGUGGGCAUAUGGCCGGAAGCCCCAGCGAGGGCAAACGAAGUCGAGUUUCUUUGCUCAAUCCACCACUUCCCUGGACCUCGGGGGAUCAAUUUCUACCGUCACCAUGUACUGGAAUGUCUAAUCUACAGCUGUCGUCCCCAUCCGAUCCGCAGCGCACUUUGACUCAGACCUUAUUAUUGCAGUCCUCAAUGGACAAGCUGUAUUAUGAACCGUGUUUUGUCGGUGGUGGUGAAUCGACUCCAGCCACAUUGUCUGCAAGCAGCGGAGGUUUACGUCGUUCCUUAACAUCACUCGGCAUGUCCAGUGCUAGUCCUGGUCCGAUUCGACCCACCUUGUUGGCCGAACGACAUAUAUCGCCCGAAGAAAGUCGCAUUCCAGAAUUCUCAACACGCACAGCGGCUCGUGUUGGUAUCCCGAGAAUACAGAUGCGCGCAAGUACACAGAUUAUUGCCCACGGUCUAAUCAGCACACACACCAUGUAUCCAGAUUUGGAACGAUAG